CACUUGGUGUCGGUGUAGAUGCUGUUAGUGUCUACUCAGAUAUACAACUGCUUGGUUAUCAUAACUGCUGGAAAUGACUUUGCAACUAGUACCGGCCCUCGCGGGGAUGUCGGCUUUGUUAUCAGAACUACAAGCGGAUCAGGAUGUCCAGUUUGCCGUCCGGCAAACUGUUUCUCGUGCGCAGUCUUGCGUCUCGAAGUACAAGGACAUCAUGAGCAACGAGGGAGGCAGGAUCAUCACCGAGAAGAAUCUGCUUGUAGCCUCCUCGUGCCCCAGUGACGUCAGGGUACAGAAACUGGUGACGUCAAUGGAGAAUGCAACCUCCUCUAUUGUGUCGAUAAGAGACGAUGUUAUCCGAAUACAGUCCUCGGUGCACGAGAAUAUUGAGCUGUGUAGAGAGCGAACCCAAAACCACAAACAAACCAUUGACAGGGAUACUGUGAAGAUGGAGACCCUCGCAACACAAAUUUUAGGUACGGAGAGUGAAAUAUCGUCGUGCGAGACUGACAGUGUGACGUAUGAUUAUGACGCAGCAAGGCUCGAUGCGAGCGCGGAGAAUGUCGAGCGUGCCGCGAGGAAAAAGAAAAAAAGAGGCAAAUUUGGAGCAUGGCUUGGCGGUGCCGGCGUCCUUCUAGCGCCAUUCACCGGUGGCGCAAGCCUUGCUUUGACAGUGACAGGGGCGGCGACGGCGGCUGUAAACCUCAACGAUGCCGGAGGUUGUAGGAACAUCGCAAGGGACUUUCGUUUGCAUGCAGAGCAACGUCGGAUACAUGCUCAAAAUCUGCGUACCAAAAAAGCUGGCCUUGAGGCUGAGAAUUCAGAAGCCGAACUCGAGAUAAAUGCAAUCAAUUCGAAAAUUGCCCAACUUGAGAAAGCCUCGACCUCUCUCCACAACAUGACAACGGAGUUGUCGACGUUCGUACUGGCAAUCAACAACACGCUCAACGCAUUUCAGAGCAUGGAAACAUGUUUCAAAGAGACGCUACUACAGACCAACUCGUUCACCAUAAUCCAGAAUGCGUUCGGCAGGCAGCCGCAGAGGGCGGCAGUGAUGGCCAAUACGUACUUGGCCAAGCUCAAGGCUAAAUGGGAGGCACUUGAAAGGUUGUUGUUACAGAGCGGCGCUGUCCAGCAGUGAUUCGGUGUCCAAAAUACACACGUCAGUUUGUGGUGUAUAUUGCUCAGACAUUAAUGUUUCGAGUUUGGUCUGAUGUUUCUAUAUGUUUUACCUUUAUUAGUGUUCGAAAAGUUUCAUUUUAUUUUAUUGUAUCGCCAUACCAUCAUUUUGCAAUUGUUAAAGAUCUUAAGUAUGUUCUUCACAUAUAUAUAUAUAUAUAUACAGUUACAAAUUGUACCUUUGGGUCACUGCGUAUUUGAAGAACCUUUGGAAGACACUAUCAUAAAUAUGGUAUAUAUCCCCUUAGAAUGUGUCCUUGGCAUAUUCUUUAAAAAAAAUAGUUUAUAUUAAACGUAGUUAAGCAUAUUUACAAAAUACUUGCCAUCGAGAAUAUACAAUUUUUGACUGUUGCUUAAAGGUUAAGUGCCGGAUGUUCAUGGAAAAGUGUAAUUCAAAGGUUGUACUGUUUUUGUCGCCAAAAGGUUCAAUAUGACACCUAGUGUAACCUGCCAGGUUAGAGCGGUCUGAUUGUCUCGCGGGAUACUCUGUUUGAAUUAACGAGGUUCCUUCAGUAAUUAUCGGUUAACUAAACACAAUGUAAAUUUACAGCUUAUGUCCUUGGACAUGUGUAUAGCUAAAGUCAAUGCAUUAUAUUGAUAGCACCAUAUCGAACUGGUAUACAAACUUGUCACUUAUUUAUUAGCUUAUGCAUAUGUAGACAGUUAUAAGUGCAGGAAUUAAAAAAGAGUAAAUGACAAGGAAAAAGAAA